AUGUCUAACCCUUCCGUUUCUGCUGUCUUCAAGCUUGUUAAAGCUCCUAUCUAUUCUCAUUGUUUUUCCCAAGACAAAUCGUUACUGGCAGUGACUUGUAAGAACGAUUGUCUUGUCUAUCGUUUCACAAAUGGCACCCCACAGUUAGUGGCCACUCUAUCCAACCAUGACAAGACUGUCACAGCUGUCGAUAUUUCUAUCCAUGGUAGAAUUGUCACAUGUUCUCAAGAUAGAAAUGCUUACGUCUGGGAACCUCUAAGUGAUGGAACUUACAAACCAACAUUGGUCCUGUUAAGAAUUAACCGUGCCGCCACAUGUGUUGCUUGGGCUCCUAAUGGUUACAAGUUUGCUGUUGGUUCAAGUGCUAGGAUCAUUGCUGUUUGUUACUACGAACAAGAAAACAACUGGUGGGUCUCUAAACAUAUCAAGAAGCCUAUCAAGUCAACCGUCGGAUGUCUAUCAUGGCACGCUAAUGGUGUUCUUCUGGCUUCAGGUGGUACCGACGGUUACUUGCGUAUCUUCUCUGGUUUUAUUAAGGGUUUGGAUUCCAAGGAUGCUGUCGCUGGUUCUCCAUGGGGUGAAAAAUUCCCAUUUGGUGCUCUGGUUAGAGAAUUCUAUCAUGGUUGUUAUAUCGAAGAUGUUCAAUGGAGAAGCUCUGUUGAACGUAUUGGUUAUGUUUCUCAUGAAGGUACUUUGAAUGUUGUUGAUUCCGCAAACAAUCAUUCUCAAAUUAAUGCUCCUGAUGGGUUACCAUUCAACACUUUGUUAUGGAUUAAUGAUCAUGAGAUUCUAUGUGCAGGUUUCUCCAAUCAUCCAGUAUUAUUUACAGAAGCUGCAGGUGGAUGGCAAUUUGCUAAGGAUCUAGACAAACCUGCUUCUGCGGAUUCGUCUGUACAUAAUGCUGUCAACAAUAACGAAGAUCUAGAUGAAAGUGAAGAUGCAAGUACCACAUUCGGUAUUUCAGCUUUGAGAAAAUUCAAACAAUUGGAUUUGAAAGGUAAAGUCUCUGCCGAUGUCAAUGAAACAACUCACGAGAAUACAAUCACUCAAUUAUUGUCUUAUAAGGAGGCAAAUGGUCAAGUAACCCAAGCUUCUGCUUGUGGUCUAGACGGGAAAGUUGUCAUUUACAACAUUUGA